CUCUGUUGGUCAUUAUCAUUAGUUUUAUUGGUCAAUGCAGUUACAGUUUUUAGUGAGUUUAAGUACGUGAUUUCUGAUAAAUGGAAAUGGAGUAUGAAAAAUUACUCGCUGGCUGGGGGUUAGACUUCCUUUCAGAAAGUUUCAGAGAAGAGGGUAUAACAGACGAAAGUUUCGACUUAUUGGACGAUGAUACUAUAAAGGUGAUGAUUCCAAAGGCAGGCCCGAGGCUCAUUUUUAAAAAAAAGUUUGAAAGUCAUGUAAAUAAAAAAUUGCAAAAAAGUCCUGAAACAACUGUUAGGAAUUAUAAGUAUUUCGAAGAGACUGAGAGCACGUGUUCCACUGAAACCGCAAAUUCUAUGUUGAUAAUGAAUCCAGAUGAAGAAUUGAAAGUGCUCCUAGAGUCGUUUGAUGAGUUAGAAGAUAAUUUAAAUCAUAGUAAGAACUCAUCGAAGAGAAAAGUUUCACUCACUGGAGAUGAACCAUUUAAUAAAAUGGCAAAAAUUCCUAGCAUUUUUUAUCCAUUGGUGAGUGUGGGUUCAUGUUAG